GCCCACCCAUGGACCCCGAUGAGGACUCGGACAACAGUUCAGUGUAUGUGCAGGGACUCAAUGAUAACGUGACCCUGGAGGAUCUGGCAGACUUCUUCAAACAGUGCGGUGUUGUCAAGGUGAACAAGAGGACCGGGCAGCCUAUGAUUAACCUCUACAUCGACAAAGAAACCGGCAAACCGAAAGGCGAUGCCACAGUAUCUUACGAUGACCCUUCUACCGCCAAAACGGCUGUGGAAUGGUUUGAUGGGAAGGAUUUCCAGGGGAGCAAGCUCAAAGUGACCCUCGCGCGGAAGAAGGGCCCGAUGAACAGCCUGCGAGGCGGGAUGCCUCCCCGUGAGCAGCGGGGAAUGCCUCCCCCUCUCCGCGGAGGNCCUGGCGGCCCUGGGCGGCCCAGCGGCCCAAGCGGCCCCAUGGGCCGGAUGGGGGGCAGAGGUGGAGACAGGGGUGGCUUCUCCUCGAGAGGACCACGGGGAUCCAGGGGAAACCCCUCCGGCGGGAGCGUCCAGCACCGAGCUGGCGACUGGCAGUGUCCCAAUCCGGGAUGCGGAAACCAGAACUUCGCCUGGAGAACGGAGUGUAACCAGUGCAAGGCUCCCAAACCAGAAGGGUUUCUUCCACCCCCUUUCCCCCCUCCAG